GCCGCCCUCAUCUCCUUCCCCGGGGGGCCCGGGGAGCUGGAACUGGCGUUAGAGGAGGAGCUGGCGCUGCUGGCGGCCGGGGAGCGGCCGUCCGACCCCGGCGAGCAUCCUCAGGCCGAACCCGGGCCUCUGGCCGAGGGGGCCGGGCCGCAGCCGCCGCCCGCCCAGGACCCCGAGCUGCUGUCGGUAAUCCGGCAGAAGGAGAAGGAUCUGGUGUUGGCGGCCCGGCUGGGCAAGGCACUGCUCGAGCGGAACCAGGACAUGAGCCGGCAGUACGAGCAGAUGCACAAGGAGCUGACAGACAAGCUGGAGCACUUAGAACAAGAGAAGCAUGAACUGAGAAGACGAUUUGAGAACCGAGAAGGGGAAUGGGAAGGCCGAGUGUCAGAGCUGGAGAGUGAUGUGAAACAGCUACAGGAUGAAUUGGAGAGGCAGCAGGUUCAUCUGCGGGAAGCAGAUCGAGAAAAAACACGGGCUGUCCAGGAACUAUCAGAACAGAACCAAAGGUUAUUGGAUCAACUCAGCAGGGCAUCAGAAGUUGAGAGGCAGCUCUCCAUGCAAGUCCAUGCCCUUAGAGAAGACUUUCGGGAGAAAAAUUCGUCAACUAACCAGCACAUCAUCCGGCUGGAGAGCCUUCAGGCUGAGCAGGUUCUUGAAAUCAAGAUGCUGUCAGAUCGGAAACGGGAGCUGGAACAUCGUCUCAGUGCUACCUUAGAGGAAAAUGACCUGCUUCAAGGGACUGUGGAGGAGCUACAGGACCGGGUGCUGAUCCUGGAGAGGCAGGGCCAUGACAAAGACCUACAGCUUCACCAAAGCCAGCUGGAACUCCAGGAGGUGCGUCUCUCCUACCGACAACUGCAAGUGAAGGUGGAAGAACUCACUGAGGAGAGGAGUCUGCAGAACUCUGCAGCCACCAGCACAUCCCUUCUGUCAGAGAUCGAGCAAAGCAUGGAGGCUGAGGAGCUAGAGCAAGAGAGAGAACAGCUGAGACUGCAGCUCUGGGAAGCCUACUGCCAGGUUCGCUAUCUCUGCUCACACCUUCGAGGUAGUGACAGUGCUGACUCAGCAGUCUCCACGGACUCCUCCAUGGACGAGUCUUCAGAAACCUCAUCCGCCAAGGAUGUGCCAGCCGGCAGCUUGCGCACUGCCCUCAACGAGCUUAAGAGACUGAUACAGAGCAUUGUGGACGGCAUGGAGCCUACGAGCUCCCGGAGACUUGAUGAUGAUUCCUUAGAAGAACAGAUAAGGCAGACCAGUGAGGACUCGAGAGCCCUAAGGGAGCUCAUGGAGGGAGAGAGGGGUAAACUGAGGCAAAGCCUAGAAGAGCUGCAGCAACUCCACAGUCAGGUGACACUGCUGAGUGUGGAGAUGACGGCACUAAAAGAGGAGAGAGACCGACUCAGAGUGACAUCUGAAGAGAGGGAGCCAAAGGAGCAACUUCAGAAGGCCAUCAGGGACCGUGAUGAGGCCAUUGCAAAGAAGAACGCUGUGGAACUGGAACUCGCCAAGUGUAGGAUGGACAUGAUGUCUCUGAACAGCCAGCUGCUAGAUGCCAUUCAGCAAAAACUGAACCUCUCGCAGCAGCUGGAGGCUUGGCAGGAUGACAUGCACAGGGUCAUUGACCGGCAGCUGAUGGACACGCACCUGAAGGAACAGAGCCGGCCUAUUGCUGCUUUCUCCCGGGGCCACGGCGCCGGGCGGGGGGAUGAGCCCAGCACAACUGAAGGCAAACGGCUCUUCUCGUUCUUCAGGAAAAUUUAGGUUGGGAGGAGCCGGGCCACCGAGGCUGGGUGCCAUGGAGGCAGCUGAAAAGGUGGCGUGGGUAAGGGCCUCCCCUAGGGCUGGGCAGCUGCACUGUCACCCGUACUAGAACCCAGUGGGUCUGGGAAGGCCUGCUCCCUUUUGUCGCUGGGGAUGGAGACCUAGAGGGUGGCCUGCCUUGGCCUCUGAAGGCCGCCCUUGCCCCACCCCUGGCCACGCUGACGCCUGGGCUCCCUUAGGAUCCCAUCACUGAGCAGGCUUCGGCCACCUCCCAGAGGGCCCUUGGUUGGGCUCUGCGGCUCAGACCCAACGGCUCUCAGCCCAUCCACAGGCACUGCUGCCUCCUAGGCCUCAGAAAACAGGGAAGGGAGACAUGGAGGCCCUUCUUUGCAUGCUGUCCUUGGGGCAGCAGACCCAGGCCUAAGCCUCCAUCCUUCCCCAGCCCCUGACCCAGGGAGGAGGGGCAGGUGGCAGCCCCUCCCCCACAUGCAUGCACCUCCGCAGGCAGGAGGCCGAGCCUGUGGCCACGGGUCCUAAGAGCGGGGCUCACCCAAGCUCAGCUGAGGCCAUCCCCUGAGCCCUGAGAGGAAGAAGGCCCUGUCCCCUGGCCACCACUGCUUCUCUCCCAGCCUUCUCCAGUGCAGUCUUCGCCCCAUCGCAGGCCUGAGCCAGCGUGUUCUCACUGGUCCUCUGCAGGCUUUAGUCAUCCAGCCCCUUCCCCUUCACAGGGCCAGGGCAGGGAUGGGUCUCCUCCUCCCAUAGCCCCCAACUUCUUGGCCCAGCCAAGCCAGCCCAGGCCCCAGAAUGGCGCCAAAGGGGUCUGUGGCCAGCCACCCCUGCCUUGAGGGCAGCACCUGCACCACAGGGUAGAGGGGAGGAGGAGGCUGCCGGGGCCUCCAGAUACUGCCUGCCAGCCUGCAGAAGCCUGCACCUGCUGCAGCUGCCCCUUCCUUGGCAGCCGCCCACCUUCUCCACCAAGGCUCCGACUCAGAGGCUCCAUGCCGGGUCGGCCCUCAGCUGCUCACAACUGACUCAGUCUCCCCCCCCCAUGGGAAAAGCACAGCAGGGAUGAGCGGAAAGAAUGUACCUAUAGAUAUGUACAUACCACAGUGCUGUAAUUUUGUAUGUAGCAAUCAUGUAAAUACAUGUAUGGAUUUUAUAAUAUACAUAUAUAAAUCUAUAAAGGCAUAUUUUUAGAAAAACAGCGCACCACUGCUUCUUUUGAAAAUAGUAUAAGAAUAAAAUGAAUUUCUACAGAG